UAAAACAAGAAACUUCACCCUUUCUAAAACAAGAAACUUAAGUCUCUCCUCUUUUUUUCCUGCUAAAAGCUUGAAUAUUUUUUGAUGACAAGAGUCGGGAAGCGGCAGAGACCGGCGAACUCGACGGCGGGGGUGAAGAAGGAAGCUGCGAAGAAUGGUGGGUCUGAGGAGGAAGUGAAGGAAAGUGGGGGUUUAGUUGAAAGUAGUGAAAUUGAAGGGAAAGUGGAGGAAACUUGUCAUUUCGAUAACGCAAAGGAUGUCUCAAAUAAGGGAAAUAGGGAGUGGAAGGUAAAGGAGAGUGAGAGUAAUGUUAGUGAAGAAGAAAGUGAAGGUAAUGGCGUGGAGGAAGGGCGAGAAUGUGAUCUGAAGGAGAAUGCGAAUAAGGGUGAAAAGAAAAGGAAGGGAAAGAAGAAAGAAAAUGAUAAUGAGAAGGAGAAGGUGAAAGAAGGGAAUGAUGAAAAGGGGGUCUCAUCAGUUGUGAAAGAUAAGAAAAGGGUGAAAUUUACUGAGAAAGAGGUGGCGAGUGUGGAAGAAGGCGAAUUUGGUGAUAAAAGUGAAGUGGCGUUUGUGAAGCAGGAAGAGAGAGGGUUUGCUUGGAAGGAAAAACAGGAGGCGGGCACUGAGGAAGAAGAAGAGAUAGCCGUAGAUAAUGGAAAAGAAGGUAAAUUAGAUGGGAAAAGGGAAGAGAAAGGGAAAAGGAAGAGGGAGAAGAAGGGGGGUAAAUUCAGGAAUCAGGAGGUGGAUGAUGAGGAAGGGAAAGGCAUUGGAGAGCUGGGAGUUGAAGGGAAGGAAAAAGUGAAAUUUGUUGAGAAUGGAGGAGAAAACAGUGAAAAGGGUGAGAAGAAAGGAGCUGAAUUAGGUAAUGAGGAGGAGGAGAGUGAGGAGGAGGAGACUGUUGUCGGCGUGGAAGAGAAUGGAGGUUCAUUAAAGAAGAGGCCGAGGAAAAACGAGAAAAAGGUGAAUUAUGCUGAGAUUGAUAGUGCAUUAGAUGAGGUAGUGUUUGGGGAGAAACAUAGGAAGAGCAGGGAGAAGGAUGGAGUCUCGGAGAGUAGAAAGAAGAAAGCACUCUUGGAGAAUGAUGGACUGGAACGUGAGAAAAAGAGUGAAAAUAGUGAUGUAAACAAGGAGAAGAAGGGAACUGAAUUGGGCAAUGAGGAGGUGGGGAGCGAGGAGGGGAAGGAAAAUGUUGUUGUUGUGGAAGAGAAUGGAGGUCCCUUAAAGACGAGGCUGAGGAAAACUGAGAAAAAAGUGAAUUAUGCUGAGAUUGAUAAUGCAUUAGACGAGGUAGUUUUUGGGGAGAAGCAUAGGAAGAGCAGGAAGAAGGUGGGAGUCUCGGACAGUAGACAGAAGAAAGGGGUCUCGGAGUGUGAUGGAUUGGAAAGUGAGAAAAAGAGGGAAAACGGUGAUGUGAAUAGUGGGAAAAAGAGAGCGAGUCAAAAAGGGAAAAAGAAGCUGGAGGAGCAGGAGAAAAUUAAAGGAGAAGAAGAAAUGGAAGAAAGUGGUGAAGGCAAAGGUGAAGGAGAUUCUUUGGUGAUUUGCACUGGGACAGGUCAUGGGCCCAGGAGUCAGAAAGAGCAAGUUGGGCAGAGCAGCAAAUCCUGGUGCACUACUCAGUUCACUGAGGAAGUGUGUUUAAUGUGCCACCAAUGCCAGAGAAGUGAUAAAGGCCGUGUCAUUCGAUGCCUGAAAUGUAAAAGGAAGCGCUAUUGUAUCCCCUGCUUAACAAAAUGGUAUCCUAAGAUGACAGAGGAUGAUAUCGCAAGUGCUUGUCCAGUUUGUCUUGGAAAUUGCAACUGUAAAUCAUGUUUGCGUUUAGAUGCGCCAGUAAAAGACCUGAAAAAUUUAAACCUGGAAGUAAGCGAAGAAGAAGAAGUGCAGCACUCCAAGUUUUUACUUUGUUCACUUCUUCCAUUUCUGAAGCUGUUAGAUACAGAGCAAAUGACAGAGAGAGAAAUCGAGGCUAGGAUAAGGGGUGUACCACCUGCAGACUUACAGAUAGAAAAUGCUAGCUGCCCUGCAGAUGAACGCAUGUUCUGCGAUAAUUGCCGAACUUCUAUUUUUGAUUAUCACAGAAGUUGCUCAAAUUGCUCUUCUGAUCUUUGUCUUCUCUGUUGCUGUGAGAUCCGUGCUGGAUGCUUGCAAGGUGGUGGGCCGGAUGUGGUUAUGGAGUAUAUUGAUAGGGGAUUUAAGUAUAUGCAUGGUGAACAUGAGGAAAUAAAAGAUGAAUUGCUGGCUGGUUCGCCAAAAAAGACUGUCUCUGUGGAUUUUACAGGGCCAAAAUCUGGAUGGAAAGUGAAUGAAGAUGGAAGCAUUCAUUGUGCUUGCGGUAGUGGCAAUUUACAACUGAAAUGUUUGUUCCCAAACAAAGGAGUUAAUUUUUCAGUUUCAGUUUCAGAGUUGGUAAAGAAAGUUGAAGAUGUUUUAAAAAACUGUGAAAUUGACUCUGCUAAUGCUCCCGUUGAACUAUGCAUGUGUUUUAAUUCGAAUGGCAAUCAUGAUAUCUGUAAUGGUAACGAGUCGUUAAAAGCAGCAUGUCGAGAAGAUUCUGAUGAUAACUAUUUGUUCAAUCCAAAAGCCAAAGAUAUCAUGGAGGAUGACUUGAAACAUUUUCAGUUCCAUUGGAAGAGAGCUGAGCCUGUGAUUGUUAGCAAUGUGCUUGAUACUGCUUCUGGGUUAAGUUGGGAGCCGAUGGUCAUGUGGCGUGCCUUCCGCCAGAUCAAACAUGAAAAACAUGGUACACUUUUGGAUGUUAAGGCAAUUGAGUGCCUGAGUUGCUGCGAGGUAGAUAUUAAUGUCCAUAAAUUCUUUACUGGUUACACGGAGGGAAGGUUUGAUGGUAAAAAUUGGCCUCAGAUACUGAAGCUGAAAGACUGGCCCCCAUAUAAAACAUUUGGUGAAAGUUUGCCACGACAUGAUGUUGAAUUCACCUGUUGUUUGCCCUUCAAGGAGUAUACUGACCGCCGCAGUGGACCUUUAAACCUUGCUAUCAGGUUGCCUCAGGAUUCUUUGAAGCCAGACAUGGGGCCAAAGACAUAUAUUGCUUAUGGAUUUCCGAUAGAGCUUGGGCGUGGAGAUUCUGUUACCAAGCUUCAUUGUGACAUGUCUGAUGCGGUGAAUGUUUUAACGCAUACUGCUGAGGUAUCCUAUAGCGAUGGACAACUUGCUGAGAUUCAAAAUUUGAAGCUUCUUCACUUCAAACAAGACCAGAGAGAACUUUUUGGAUAUGAUCAGAAUGUGGAUAAAUUUGAUGUUAACAAGAAUGGUGGUGAUGCUGGGAAAUCUGCUGAGAAGGAAGAAAUGAUUCAAGGCAAAAUCUAUGAGAGUGGACCUUUAAAUUGUGCAAAUGAGUUGGAAUGGCCUGAUGCUUUAGAUGGAGGUGCUGUUUGGGAUAUUUUCCGGAGAGAAGAUGUUCCUAAAUUGCAGGAAUAUCUCAAUAAGCACUUCAAAGAAUUUAGGCAUAUCCAUUGUUGCCCUUUACAGAAGGUUGUUCACUCCAUACAUGACCAGACAUUUUAUUUCACUCUAGAGCACAAGAGGAAGCUAAAAGAGGAAUAUGGCAUUGAACCAUGGACAUUUGUCCAGAAACUUGGAGAUGCUGUCUUUAUUCCUGCAGGCUGUCCUCAUCAAGUUAGAAACUUGAAGUCUUGCAUUAAGGUAGCACUUGACUUCGUCUCGCCUGAAAAUGUUGGUGAGUGCAUACAUUUGACAGAGGAAUUCCGUCAGCUUCCCCCAAAUCAUCAGGCCAAGGAAGACAAGCUGGAGAUAAAGAAAAUGUUACUUCAUGCUGCGAGACAUGCUGUAGAUUUUCUGAUGAAGGAUGGAAAGUGAGUCACUAAUCUGUCUAUGACAGGAGUGGAGAAAACCGAGAAGGUUUGAGAAAAAGAAGGCUGGGAGGAAGAAGGGGGGGUGACUUGCAGUGUCAUCAUCCUUAGGCAGGAUUUCUUUUUGUUUCAGGUGCUAGUUUUAUGUUCUAGGUUCAUAAAAUAGUCACCGUAAAAAAUCUCCUCUGUUCUCAUCGUCGUCAGUGGAGUAGAUUCUCUUCUGGGAUUGUCACCUACUACAGGUUGAACAUAUAAUUUUUGUUGAACGAGAUAGAAGCAGAGGAAGAUGAUUUCUGUACAAGGUUUGAUUGGCACGGCACUAAUGCUGGAUGUUUCUAACUAAUACUCCGUAAAUGCUUGCUUUAUAUUUAC